CGGCGGUGUCCUCGCUUCACGUUGCGGGCGUAGAGAAGCCUUGAGCAGACCGCUGAAGGCUGCAGCAGGCGCCAGGUAGCAUCCACGCGGUGCUCGGGAAAAGUGGGGCGCCGCUUUGCUUGGUCUCAGGUGGUGGCGGCGGGAGUAGUAUAGCCUCCUCGACCUCCCUCUCUGGUGACGGCGCAACAGUUCCUGUGGAAUUUAGCUUCACGGAGUGACCUUGAACUCAGGACGACGCUCAGCUUGUUACUGUUCCUGGUUGCAGGAACUUUGUGAGAAUUUCAAUGUAUGGAAAAACUGUCCGUGUUCCAACUUGUGUAUAUUCAAAGGUCUCAGUAUAAUACCAGGACCAAAACAUUCUGUGUCAGUCAGUCAGCCAACUAUACACUUAACGACUCCUAAAAUCUCAUGGACAUCUAAAGAAGUACCAUGGCCUGUCCUGCUGUUUUGAUUCCUGGGUUGUUGCGAGGCUCUGCUGGAGCCAUCUGUGCUCAGGCCCCUUUAUUGAGAUUGACACCCAGCACUUUGCGCUACCUUACUCUAACCAGUGUAAUGCAAUCCAUAAGGAAGACUGAUCACUUGGAGAGAACUGCAAGUGUGAUUCGCCGGGAGAUUGUGUCAGCAGCUAAGGUGUGCGCGGCUGCCAGUGAGUCACCAUCAGUGAAGAGCCUCUGCUUGCUUGUUGCUGAUCAAGACUUUUCUUUUAAAGCUGGCCAGUGGGUUGAUUUCUUUAUCCCAGGAGUCUCUGUGGUUGGUGGAUUUUCAAUAUGCUCCAGCCCAAGACUGCUAGAACAAGAGAGAAUGAUAGAAUUGGCAGUGAAAUAUACGAAUCACCCUCCUGCCCUCUGGAUUCACAAUAAGUGUACACUUGACUCUGAAGUGGCUGUGAGAGUGGGUGGAGAGUUCUUCUUUGACCCUCAGCCUACAGAUGCCUCUAGAAACCUCGUGUUGAUUGCAGGAGGAGUUGGAAUUAACCCCCUGCUUUCCAUCCUGCGGCACUCAGCAGAUCUCCACAGACAGCGGGCAAACAAAGGAAGUGGAUAUAAGAUAGGAACAGUAAAACUAUUCUACAGUGCAAAAAAUACUAGUGAACUCCUGUUUAAGAAAAAUAUCCUCGAUUUAGUAAAUGAAUUUCCUGAGAAGAUUGCAUGCAGUUUGCAUGUUACAAAACAGACUACACAAAUCAGUGCAGAACUCAAGCCAUAUAUCACGGAAGGAAGAAUAACAGAAAAGGAGAUAAGAGAUCAUAUUUCAAAAGAGACUUUGUUCUAUAUUUGUGGCCCACCUCCAAUGACGGACUUUUUCUCCAAGCAAUUGGAAAAUAGCCAUGUUCCCAAAGAACAUAUUUGCUUUGAGAAGUGGUGGUAGAAGCAAGCAAAGGCAGAAAAGAGAAAGAGGUGGUGAGAUUUUCUCAGGA